CAGGAAGUGAAGGGGGAGGUGACAGAGAGCAGCAGAGAAAGGGAAAGCCAGACUUCAACUACAGCUGACAAAAAACCUUGCAGAGUGCACCGCAGGCUGGACAAAGAGCUCUCUCCCUUUCUGCCAAUGAGAUAAUGGCUUCCACCACUCUUAGAAAAGACACAGGCUUCACAGGUAUCCUGCGCCUCCUUCUAUUAGGACUACUUUUGCCAGCAGUAUUAGUGUUGGGCCAAAUAUCAACCACAGUUGCCCCCACUAUCACCACCACAGCCACAGCAACCACCAGCACCACCAGUCAGCCCUCCACAACCACAACCUCUGGAGCCACAGCAGUCUCUACCACCCAGUCCCCCACCACCACCACCUCUGGAAGCACAACAACCACCCAGCCUUCAUCCUCUGCCACCUCCGGAGCCACAACAGCCUCAGCCACCAUCACUACCCAGCCCCCCACUACUGUAGCCACAGCAACCACUACCCAGCCUGCUACCUCUACCACCUCUGUCACCACAGCAGCAACUACCACCCAGUCCCCCACUACCACCAUUUCUGGAAGCUCAGUAACCACCCAGACUUCAUCCUCUACCACCUCCAGAGCCACAACAACCUCAGCCACCACCCAAUCGGCUAUGACGUCCUCUGGCAGCACAGCAACCACGACCCAGUCUGCCACUUCCACUACCUCUGGAGGUACGGUAAUUUCCACCACCAUCCAGUCUCUCACAACCACAACAACCUCCGGAGGCACAGAAAGCACCAUUAGCACCGCUCAGUCAUCCACCACCAAUACUCAGUCAUCCUCCAGCACCACCACUGGAGGCUCAGCAUCCACCACCACCCAGUCCCCCACCACCACUACCACCUCCGGAGGCACAACAAUGACAACUACCACCCAGUCCCCCACAACUACUUCUGGAGACUUAGCAUCCACCACCACCCAGUCGACCACCACCACUACCACCUCUGGAGGCACAACAAUCACUACUUCCACCCAUUCCCCCACAACCACAUCUGGAUACUCAGCAUCCACCACCACCCAGUCCACCACCACCACUGGCACUUCUGGAAGCUUAGCAUCUACCACCACCCAGUCCCCCACUACCACCUCUGGAGGCACAACAAUCACUACUACCACCCAGUCCCCCACAACCACUUCUGGAGACUUAACAUCCACCAACACUCAGUCAUCCUCCACCACCACCACUGGAGGCUCAGCAUCUACCACCACCCAGUCCCUCACAACCACCAGUAGAAUGACCACUGCCAAUUCUGCCCCUUCAUCUUCUAUGACCUCUUCUAAUUCAAUCAGUGCCAGUAAUUCAGGAACCACCUCUCCCUCUUCUACAGCUAGUUCAACAGCCAUGACCCAGUCCAGCACCACCAUGAUGACCUCAGGUGGGACAAGUUCAUCCCCCUCCAUGACUUCAGUAACCUCAAUAAUGUACACCAACCAGACAUCAAACGUCACUGAUGUCAUGAAUGGGACCACUAUCUCAAUGAGCAUGAUAUACUGCCCUUCAUUCAACUGUAACUCCUCAGCCUGCUAUACAAUGUACACCAGUCAGGAUCCCACUUCAUGUAAUGCUGGUGCCUAUUGUCAGCUGAUAAGGCAGAUAGACAUGUCCUACACUGCUGGCUGCAGCGACUCUUGUGCUGAUAGCUGUGUCGAACCUUCUCGGACCAACUGCUCUGUUAACUGCUGCAAUACUACUGGCUGCCUCAAUGGCAGCUUUGCAUCUAUGAUGAUGGAAACAACUACAGUAGUUGAAACCACAACAACAACAGCAACAACAACAACCACAUCAGCCAGUACAAUGACUGCCGCCAGCACAGCAAACAAUGGAAACAAAUGCCAUAAUGGUACAUGUACUGGCAACGAAUGCUACAAAACUUUUACAAACAUCAGAACAUGCUCCUCCUCAGAACUACACUGUCAGCUUAAACAGGAGACUGUGGGAAACCAAGUGCAGUGGACAGCAGGUUGUGUCGCCAACUGUUCUGGCCAAACCGCAUGCAAUUCCAAUGUACAACCUCCAUGUCAGCUAGAGUGCUGCAAUGCCACUAAGACCUCCUGCUUGCGGUUGAAUGGUACGCUGAAUGUCCCUUCUUUCGCCACAAGAGGUCCUUAUCUUCACUCAGAAUUGAUUGCUUGCUUACUUUGCCUGCUUGCGAUCACUUUAUUGCUGUGAGUGACUAUGUGCUUGCUCAGCUGCUGUGUGGGUCAUUAGGUAAUCAGAGCUGUGUAUAACUCCCAGUCUCUCCAGAAAUAAAGCUUAGCUGUGCAGAGGUUAACACUACUUAAUUUACACCCAUUUAUCUCAGUAAUAUUCAUAUGUGAUUGUACUGUAUAUAUGUACGGAAUUAUGUAAAGCCUCGGUUACAAUGUUUAUUUUGUUUCUUGUUAUAUUAAAGCUUCCCAAUCAUGUUUUAUCUCUGUUUCAAGACCAGUGAAAAUGGCUUUGAACAGUAUUUCUAAAAGAAAAAAUACAUCAACUUCAGGAAUGAAGAAAAAUCAAGGUUGCAAAUUUAUUGUCUUUAUCAUUAACAAAAUAUUGCAUCAAUACAAUGUAAUAUUGUUUAACACUGUAUUAAUACAAAAUUACAUUGUAUCAGUGUAAUAUUCUUGUUUUUGCAAUGAUGUUUUAAGAAAUUAUAUUAAAAUUGCUAAAUAAAUUGUAAUUGGUUUUAGCCAUGACCUUGCCCAUAAGUGUCAUUUAAUUCAGGUACUUUCUUCUUAAAGAAAGCCAAAAACAGCCUUUGUUUGUGCCUACCCACUUUGCAAUCACUACAGACUAAUUUUAAUUUUGGAUGGGUGAGUGAGCCUCAACACAACAUUUCUGUUAACGUGGUUAAAACCUCUCCCUAGAUGAUCAUCUCUUCAAGCCCUUGUGAGAGUAACGCAGCUAUGACUCUAUAUGCACUUUAUGAAACACAACUGUUGAGCUGUUACAGGGUGUUGUGAAGGUUUAUUGAAGCAUUUCUGUAGAUGUAAUCAUUAUGAAAUGUGCAACUCAGUACGGCUACUUUUUGUCUCAAUAUUUUUGUGAAUCGUGAGUUGGAUAUCUAUGUGGUUUACAAAAUAUAUUUUUUGGUAUGUGGUGUCAUGUAAAUGUUAAAUGAAAUCAGAAUGGUGUCAGUUUAUUAUAGUUUUGUGUACAGUAAAAUAUGAUGAUAGUGCCUAAAGAAAUAAAUCUCAUAAACCAUG